AUGGCGCCGGGAAAGUUUCGCAAGCCACCACAGGCACCCCCGAGCUUCACCGCGACCCCCGACUCCGUGGUCGAAGAUACCAAGAAGUUACUGGCCAGUUCGAAAAAGGUCACGGAUGAUAUCGUCGCGUCCAUCCAAGCGAAGGAUGCCAGCUUCCACAACGUGCUGCUGCCCUUGGCCUACGAUGAAAACCAGCAGUCGCUAAAGACACAUAUCCUGGGCUUUUACCAAUCCGUGUCUACAGACCAAACAUUGCGCGAUGCCUCAACCGAAGCCGAAAAACUCAUGGACGAUUUCAGCAUCGAGGCCGCCAUGCGGGAGGAUGUUUUCGAACUGGUCGAUGCCGCGCUGAAGAGAGGAGACAAGCUGGACCCCGAAUCGCAGAGACUACUCGAAAAGGAACACAAGAGCUACGUGCGAAACGGGUUGAAUAUCCCUGCAGGGCCUAAACGAGACCGAUUCAAGGAAAUCAAGAAGAGACUCAGUCAACUGAGCAUCGCCUUUUCCAAGAGCCUGAACGAAGAGAAGGGCGGCCUGUGGUUUACCGCGGAAGAACUGGCUGGCGUCCCCGAAGAUGUCGUCUCUCUGUUGAAGAAGGAAGGUGACAAAUACUGGUUGACAUUCAAGUAUCCUGACCUUUUCCCAACCCUCAAAUACGCCACCAAUAGUGCUACUCGACAAAAGGUCUUUGUCGCCAACGAGAACAAGAUCAACCAAAAUGUCCCACUUUUCAGGGAAGCCAUUCUCUUGCGAGAUGAGGCUGCUCGCUUACUGGGUUACCCGAACCACGCUGCCUUCCGGAUUGAAGACAAGAUGGCCAAGACACCGAAAACCGUGGACGACUUUUUGGGCGACUUACGCAACAGAUUGAGCCAGGGUGGCCUGGACGAGAUCGAGACGCUGAAAGCCUUGAAAAAGGCAGACUUGGAAUCUAGAGGAGAGCAAUUUGACGGUCGUUACUACCUGUGGGACCAUCGUUUCUACGAUCGGAUGAUGGAAGAAAAGGACUACCAGCUCGAUCAGCAGUUGAUCUCCGAGUACUUCCCUCUGCAGACGACGAUCCAAGGCAUGCUUGAGAUCUUUGAGCAAUUGUUUGGGUUAGUGUUUGUCGAGAUCGUGGGCGAGGACCGUGACACCGUCUCUGCAUCCGGAAAGGGUGCGGACAUUGUCUGGCACGACGAGGUUCAAGUAUUCAGCGUUUGGGACGACGAGGGUGAAGGUAACGGAUUCGUGGGCUACCUGUACCUCGACCUUUUCCCGCGAACUGGCAAGUAUGGACACGCCGCCAAUUUCAACCUCCAACCUGGCUUCAUCACGGAGAACGGCACGAGAAGAUAUCCAGCCACAGCCCUCGUGUGCAACUUUUCCAAGCCCACAGCCAAGAAGCCGAGCUUACUGAAACACGAUGAAGUCACCACUCUCUUCCAUGAACUUGGUCACGGCAUUCACGAUCUCGUUUCUCGCACGACAUACUCCCGGUUCCACGGCACCAACACCGUCAGGGACUUUGUAGAGGCACCAAGUCAGAUGCUAGAGAAUUGGUGCUGGACUCCAUCUCAGCUGAAAGCAUUGAGCAAACACUAUUCGACAUUGUCGCCCGAAUACUACGCUGCAUGGAAAGAAGCUUCAGGCGCCAACGCAGGAAGCACCGAGGAGCGCAUCCCGGAUGAUCUCAUAGAGAAGUUGAUCAAGACCAAGAACCUCAACGGCGCACUGUUCAACCUUCGUCAGUUACAUUUUGGCAUUUUCGACAUGGCCAUCCACGAGCCCAAAGACCACGAGAGCCUCGAGGCAAUGAAGAUUUCCGAGACAUACAAUUGGCUGAGAAAAGACAUCAGCAAGAUUGAUGGGCCCGAAGUGCUAGGAGAAGGCUAUGACUGGGGGAACGGUCAAGCCACCUUUGGUCAUUUGAUGGGUGGUUACGAUGCCGGUUACUACGGCUACCUCAGCUCUCAAGUCUAUUCGACCGACAUGUUCUACUCGGUCUUCAAAAAGAAUCCCAUGGACCCCAAGGAAGGCCGACGAUACCGCCACACGGUGCUCGAAAAGGGGGGGAGCCAGGACGAGAUGACGACGCUGAUUGAUUUCCUCGGCAGGGAGCCUAAGACCGAUGCCUUUUACGAGGAACUCGGCCUCACCAAGGGUACACAGUCGGGGGCUACUGCCAGUUAA